CUAAAUCUGUUAAAUGGAUAGAAAUACCAAAACACAUGAGAAAAGGGUUGAAAUGGAGUUCCUUCCUUCAACUGCCAACUUCCCACAUAUUAAUGGCCGUUGCUGAAGCUGGCAGCACAAACCCCAUUCUCCAAAGCAUUAAUGUGGAAGAUUUGGCACCCACACCCACCCCUUUAUCAACAUCAAUGCCCUUCUUCACUCUCCAUUAUCAAACUCUGUUUUCACGUUUCUGAUUUUCCCCAAUUUCUGCUUCAGUACAAUCGCUUUUCCUCUCUCAUUCUCUCUAGUCUCUACACCCACACACUUUCUCUCUCUACAAUUACCAAUGCCGAUCGCCGGCCCCCUGUGAAUCUUUGACUGUGAUCAAUCAAAAUCCUUUGCGGUUGUCGGUUUUGAUUUUCCUUGAAGAUUUUGACUGACAUAUACAAUUCUUCAAACUUUGUAGUAUCCCACACUCAAAAAGGUUCUUCAUUAUCUUGACCCUUUAUUUUAUCGUUCUUCAGAUUUAUAAAAUCUUUUUUGUUGUUGGGUAGAUGAACAAACUUUUGACUGAGUUUACAAAGCAAUUUCCAUAUAAAUUUAAACUUUUUCGAAUUAGGGUUCUUCAUGCUUCACUUUUCAUCCUUAUUAUAGAUGACACACCAAAAAGGUAGCUCUGAUUUAGGUACAAUUCCUACCAGUAAAGUUUGUCUGCUUUUCUUUCAUUAAAGUUUACGUUCUUCACCCAAAACUAUAGUGUAGAUGAUAAAUACACAAGCUACCUAAAAACUCUGCAAUUCGUGAGAAAUUUUCCAUUUUAUCUGGUGCAUUCAUUAAAUUCAGAGGCGAGUGCUAACUCAUUUGAUCUAAAAUUGUAUAUUCGAAUCAAAACCAUCUUGUUUUUUCGGAAGAAAUCAUGGUUGGUAACAUUGAAGUGAUGACUUCUAGUCUAUUCCAAAACGGGUCGAUUUCAAAUCAUAAUAGUUUAGAGGAAAAACUAGAUGAAUUCCGAAGAGUUCUUGGUAAAUCGGAUGGCGAUUUACUCAAAAUAGUCGGAGUUGGGGCAGGUGCAUGGGGAAGUGUUUUUGCAGCUUUACUUCAAGAUACCUACGGAAAGUUUCGUGACAAAGUUCAAAUCCGGAUAUGGAGACGGGCAGGUCGGGCAGUCGAUCGGGAAACAGCAAAACUCUUAUUUGAAGUGAUCAAUUCAAGAGAAGACGUGUUAAGAAGAUUAAUCAGGCGAUGUGCGUAUUUGAAAUAUGUUGAAGCUCGAUUAGGAGAUCGAGUUCUUUAUGCAGAUGAGAUUUUGAAAGAUGGGUUUUGUUUGAAUAUGAUCGAUACGCCACUUAGCCCCAUGAAAGUUGUGACUAAUUUGCAGGAAGCUGUUUGGGAUGCUGAUAUUGUGGUGAAUGGUGUUCCAUCGACUGAAACUCGUGAAGUUUUUGAAGAAAUUAGUAAUUAUUGGAAAGAGAGAAUCAGCCCACCGAUUAUUGUGUCAUUAUCGAAGGGUAUUGAAGCUGCUUUAGAUCCUGUUCCUCACAUAAUUACUCCCACGCAAAUGAUCAGUAGAGCAACGGGGGUGCCCCUAGAGAAUAUUUUAUAUCUUGGUGGCCCGAACAUUGCUUCUGAGAUUUACAACAAGGAGUAUGCAAAUGCUCGAAUUUGUGGGACCGAAAAGUGGAGGGUCCCACUUGCAAAAUUUCUAAGGCAACCACAUUUCAUCGUAUGGGACAAUAGUGACCUUGUCACACAUGAAGUCAUGGGAGGUUUAAAAAACGUCUAUGCAAUUGGAGCCGGAAUGGUGGCGGCCCUAACUAACGAAAGUGCGACAAGCAAAUCCGUGUACUUUGCACAUUGUACAUCGGAGAUGAUUUUUAUUACUCAUUUGUUGACAAAAGAGCCUGAAAAGCUUGCGGGCCCGUUGCUUGCUGACACUUAUGUGACACUUUUAAAAGGACGUAAUGCAUGGUAUGGUCAAAUGAUUGCUAAGGGAGAAUUGAGCCUAGAUAUGGGUGAUAGCAUCAGUGGUAAAGGGAUGAUCCAGGGAGUGUCUGCGGUGGGAGCAUUUUUUGAACUUCUGAGUCAAUCAAGUUUAAGUGUUUUACAUCCUAACGAAAAGAAACCAGUAGCACCAGUCGAGCUAUGCCCAAUAUUGAAAACACUCUAUAAAAUACUCAUAAAGAGGGAACAAGGUCCUCGAGCAAUUCUUCAGGCACUGAGAGAUGAAAACUUGAAUGAUCCUCGUGAAAGAAUCGAGAUCGCUCAGAGUCAUGCGUUCUACAAACCUUCACUUCUUGGCCAGCCGUAACCGCGUAUAAGAUUUUUAUGUAAACGGUUUUUGUAACAACUUAUGGGAAAUUAUUAACAUAUAUAUUAUAUAUACCUUUAAAGCUUUCGAUCA